AAGCGCAUUUCUAACUUUCUCUCUCCUGUAUUGUUGCUCAAUCUGGUUAUAAAUUAUCGCGAGGACUUUGCAUGCCAAGCACUCGGCCGUGUUGCCGUUGAAUGCAUCGGAUUUAUAUUGCGAUUUUGCCAUUCAGUCUUUUGCUGAUUGUGACCAGUGUCGUUUGAUUUGCCAGUGAUUUCCCUCCAGUCGAUAUUUGCCACUCAUCCUGUCCAGGCAUGGCCCUUGUCGUGCGGUCGGUAUACAAUGGAUUCCAGGCACUCUUCCAGGAGCACUCAGAUCCCAGAACAGCGGAUUUUCCGUUCAUGGGGGACUUUGGACUGGCUAAGAUCCUCGCAAUUAUGAUCAUUUAUCUAUUCACGGUGAAGAAAUGGGGCCCAAAACUCAUGGAGAAGCGAACACCUUUCGAACUGAAAACCACCAUGAAUAUCUUCAAUGUCGUACAGGUUCUCCUCAACGUCUACAUUGCAAUAUUCGGAGGCUACUAUUCCUACUGGCAAUCGGACUUUAGCUGGUCUUGCCAGCCUAUCGACCACACCGUUGUCACUCCUGAAAGACUGAACCUCGUCUUCGUCAGCUAUGUGUACUUCCUGUCGAAGAUCCUCGAUCUGGCCGACACCAUCUUCUUCGUACUGCGCAAGAAGAACAAUCAAAUCACCUUCCUGCACACCUAUCAUCACGCCGGAAUGAUCCUGGGCACCUACAUCUUCUCCAGGUUCAUGUCGGGCAGCCACUCCACACUCCUCGGCGUCCUCAAUGCCUUCGUCCACGUCAUCAUGUACACCUACUACUUCCUCACAUCCUUCAACUCCGAUCUCAAGAACUCGAUCUGGUGGAAGAAGCACAUCACACAACUCCAGCUGUUCCAAUUCCUCAUCCUCAUCCUCCACUUCGCCCAUCCACUCAUCCGCCGGCCAGACUGCUCGCAUCCCCGGAUCCUCCUCUGCAUCGCCAUGAUGCAGAACAUCUUCAUGUUCUGCCUCUUCUUCGACUUCUACCUCAAGGCCUAUCGCCGGAAGAAGAUCAAGAGGGAGUCCACUGAUUGAGCGACCAAAAGAGAGACUUCACUUUGUAUUACGGCAAGAUUAAAUGAUAAGCGACGACUUCUGCUCUUCUCUUUCUCAUUCUCACACCAUUUUCACACUCAUGAGGGGAAAAUUGGCGCCAGUUUGGCAUGGAAUCUGCCCAAUUCUCCACUUUGGAUGCGCAGUUGGGGCUUAAAGUGUGUCAUCAAGCCAAGAAAGUGCGUCAAGGAACAUCAGUGUCGCUCCUCAUGUUAGCUCUUCCAGCCACUCACGUGCAUCACGUUAUUAAUCCCAAGAUGACCAAUUCAAGACGUAAAUCAACCGAGAUGGAUUCCUGGCGAGUUUGCGAGAAAACUAAGUAUGACAAACUCAACGCAGAGCUACCAGAAGUCACUGAAAAGACUAAAAUAAUUCAAUCAAGAACAACUCAGACAGACACUGAACAAAACAAAGAAUCUCUCUGGAAAAAUGCUGCAUUCAUCUCAAGACGGCUAUUAAUUGUGAUUUUGGUGCUAGUUUUUACAGUGAUAUUAGUGAAUUUGGGCAAAUUCUACAGAAAGCACAUGGACAGUGCGGAAAAUCAUUAAACAGCAUGACUUCUCUUUAUGGACUCCUGCCAAGAAAUUUAUCCGUGAAAUAAAUCACUAUAUU